CGGAAGGAGGCUUUUUGGUAGUGCAGUGCUGUGUGUGAUUCCUACCAGCUGUUUCCCGCCUUGAAAGACAUCCGAUCAGCUGCAAACACACACAUGCAGAAGGAGGGAGGGAAAGAGAGCGAGCGCCACACACACACUACGAGGGAACCCCAUCAGCUGGAAGAGUAGAGUAACCUUACAACUCAACACUCAUCUUACGCGCUCAUGCACCAAAUCAGCAGGACACGCACAGCUCUGCUUCUUAAAUGAGAAAGAGACACGAAGAAGCUGUUUUGUUUUUAAACCGAUAAAGUACAAGAAGGACCGAGGAGCCAGAGCUGGAGAGAAGCAUGGAGUAUUUCAUGGUACCAGCUCAGAAGGUGCCCUCCUUGCAACAUUUCAGGAAAACCGAGAAAGAAGUCAUAGGGGGCUUGUGCAGCUUAGCAAACAUUCCCCUCACGCCAGAGACGGCGCGGGAUCAGGAGCGGCGUAUUCGGCGGGAAAUCGCCAACAGUAAUGAGCGCCGACGCAUGCAGAGCAUCAACUCUGGCUUCCAGUCUCUGAAAACACUCAUCCCGCAUAGUGACGGCGAAAAGCUAAGCAAGGCUGCCAUCUUACAGCAGACGGCCGAAUACAUCUUUUCUCUGGAGCAGGAAAAGACGAGGCUGCUGCAACAAAACACCCAACUCAAACGCUACAUACAGAAGGAGUUCAGCGGCUCAUCCCCGAAGAGGAGGCGCGCCGAGGAGAAGGAUGAAGGUAUUGGAUCUCCAGACAUUCUGGAGGAGGAGAAGGUGGAGGAUCUUCGGCGAGAGAUGAUCGAACUCCGACAACAGCUGGAUAAAGAGCGCUCCGUUCGCAUGAUGCUGGAAGAACAGAUCCGCUCGUUGGAUGCCCACUUGUACCCAGAGCAGCUAAAGGUGAUCGCUCAGCAGGUCCAGGAGCAGCACGUGCAGACGCAGUCUCUGCUUCGUCUUCAACAGCAGCAACAAGAACAGCUGGGAAAAGAGACCACCACACCUGCUCGCAGCCCGCUGGUGUUUUCUCCUGCCACGCCACCUGCGCCCACUCAUCACGCCACAGUAAUUGUUCCCGCCCCUGCGCUGCCGCCCCCGUCCCAUCAUGUCACUGUGGUAACCAUGGGCCCCACCUCCGUGAUCAACACAGCAUCCACAUCACGACAGAACUUGGACACCAUUGUGCAGGCCAUCCAGCACAUCGAAGGCACGCAGGACAGGAUGGUCUUGCCCGAGGAGGAGAAGCGCCGGGCAGUCAUCGUCACCCCGGGCCGUGUCCUCACAGACACCGGCGACUCCGACACCGCCUCUGACAACGAAGGAUCUGAGGACUGUUAACUGCCCCGGUCACCCCCACUCCCAAAUCGCCCCACCACAUGUAACGGGGGGUGUGGAAAGGGGGUGAGGGGGUCUGUGGCGGAGGGCCUCCCACAGAAAUACUCUUUCUUUCUCUCUCCUCUCUUCCUGUUGCUGUCUUCACACUCACACAGACUCAAUGGCUUGAAGGUUUUUUUUGGGGGGGGGGACAAAACAAAAAAAAGAAAUGUUACAGGAAAUGUGCCGCAAACAGAACGAGCACGCUUAUGCAUACUCACACAUACUCAUACACUAUAACCCCAUAGCACUCUGGUAACUUGUUGAUACAUUCAUAUUAUACAGCUCUUACUCAUACUCCGUCGAAUUGUCUUCUGUUUCCACAACGCACGCUCCCAGGUAAGCGAUUUUGUGAGAGAAUCACAAAAUCUCCAUUGGAAUCUGCCACAGGUCUUCCAGGCCUCUGCUUCGUCACUUCCUGUUCUACAUCCUGCCCAUAAGAGGGCAGUAGAGUGUUCUGAUUGGAGGAAACCCAUUACCGCGUCUCAUCUCUCAAAAUGAACCCUUUGCCCCGCCACCCUCUGGUUGCGUCAUAUUACUCUUUCCAUUCUGGGGAGGCUUGAAGCAUCACUGUGAGCCAAUGAGACUUUCCACACCAUGGCUUCUGAAACUUUAGAGGAAAUGUUACAUUUUUUUGUUUUGUUUUGUUUUUUUGGCGCAGACACGCUCCUAGAUUUCCAUUUGCUGGUGGGCACCUUUGAUUAACUUGUUGUCAAUGGAGGGACAAAGACCGCCACUGCUUAGAGGGGCUUCGAGCACU